AUGCAGCAAAUCAGUGGAUCCUCCCGGUUCGUCCAAGUCCGCCUCCAAAACAAGAGCAGAACAGAACAAGAGCAGAACAAGAAUGGAGCAAGAGCAGAAAAAGAGCAGAUCAAGAGCAGAUUCAGAGCAGAACAAGAGCAGAACAAGAGCAAACCAAGAGCAAAACAAGAGCAGAACAAGAGCAAAACAAGAGUAGAACAAGAGCAGGACAAAAGCAGAACAAGAUCGAGCAGAACAAGUGCAGAACAAGAGCAGAACAAGAGUAGAACAAGAGCAAAACAAGAGCAGACCAAGUCCAGAACAAAAGCAGAACGAAAGCAGAACAAGAGCAGAACAAGAGUAGAACAAGAGCAGAACAAGUGCAGAACAAGAGCAGAACGAAAGCAGAACAAGAGCAGAACAAAAGCAGAACAAGAGCAGAACAAGAGCAAAACAAGAACAGAACAAUUGCAGAACAAGAGCAGAAUGAAAGCAGAACAAGAACAAAACAAGAGCAGCACAAGUGCAAAACAGGAGCAGAACAAGUGCAAAACAAGAGCAGAACAAGAGCAGAACACGAGCAAAAUAAGAGCAGAACAAGUGCAGAACAAGAGCAGAACGAAAGCAGAACAAGAGCAGAACAAGAGCAAAACAAGAGCAAAACAAGAGCAGAACAAGUGCAGGACAAGAGCAGAACGAAACCAGAACAAGAGCAGCACAAGAGCAAAACAAAAGCAGAACAAGUGCAAAACAGGAGCAGAACAAGUGCAAAACAAGAACAGAACAAGAGCAAAACAAGAGCAGAACAAGUGCAGAACAAGUGCAAAACAGGAGCAGAACAAGUGCAAAACAAGAGCAGAACAAGAGCAGAACAAGAGCAAAACAAGAGUAGAACAGGUGCAAAACAGGAGCAGAACAGAACAAGAGUGCAAAACAAGAGCAGAACAAGAGCAGAACAAGAGCAAAACAAGAGCAGAACAAGUGCAGAAAAAGAACAGAACGUAAUCAGAACAAGAACAGAACAAAAGCAGAACAAGUGUCGAUCGAGAGCAAAACAAGUGGAGAACAAGUGCAGAACGAGAGCAGAGCAAGAGCAGAACAAGAGCAGAACAAGAGCAGAACAAGAGCAAAACAAGAGCAGAACAAGUGCAGAACAAGAG